UCGAGUGCACAGGGAGUAGUGCAGUGCAGAGAGAGGAGGGCGGAAGGCACGAGCAGAGAUGAGCCACGAGGGAGGGGACGACCACGCCCACUCACCUACGGAUGAGACAGGCAAAGACAGACUUCACAUCUCAGCAAAAGACAUGCAAAUAGCUUGGGUUGACGACAAGAGAUUUUGGAACUGGACUGAUGUUUCCACGGAAAAACCAUCCUUUGGCACUGCGGCAGAUCUCAAUCAGGUGUGCUGGCUUGAAGCAACAGGAACACUGGAGCUGGCGAAACCCCAAACCUAUGAGAUAAUCUACCACAUCAAGUUCAAGGAUGAUGCUUUCGGGUGGAACGGAGUCCCUGUCACCUUCCGCCUUGUCACCCCGGAAGGGCAGAGGAAGGAGAUAUCCCGAGUGAUGGAGUCGGACAGCAAAAGAAGAAGCAAAGGGUGGCGUGAGAUCCAUGGUGGGGAGUUCAGCUUAUCGACACAGACUGGUGGGAAGGUUGAGUUCGGCAUGUAUGAGAUCGAGAGCCAGAAGUGGCAGGGUGGCAUGCUUCUUGCGGGAGUCACCGUCAGGCCCAAACCUUCUGCUACCCCUGCUUAGAUCACUUGCGUGUUAGGAUCCACCAAACCUGGAGCCGUGUUAUAUCUGAAUAAAUUUGAUGCUUCUCAUGGACAUCAAAUUAUGAUAAUAUAGUUGUUAUUAAUUCAGAGACU